CACCUAAGAGUCGUCUUCAGAACCGUUUACUCUUUCACCUGGCACAUAAGUUCAGUGAUGAGAAGAAACUGAUGAGCUCUCACCAGAAUCUGCAAGACAUUACAGAAGAUCAGCUUAGCUUGGCAUCUAUCCACUACAUGCGGUCCCACUACCAAGAAGCUAUUGAUAUCUACAAACGCAUUCUUCUUGAUAAUCGGGAAUACCUGGCCCUGAAUGUAUAUGUGGCCCUAUGCUAUUACAAACUGGAUUACUACGAUGUAUCACAGGAAGUGCUAGCUGUUUAUCUUCAGCAAGUUCCUGACAGCACCAUUGCUCUUAACCUUAAGGCUUGUAACCAUUUCCGCCUUUACAAUGGGAAGGCGGCUGAGGCAGAGCUCAAGAACUUGACAGAGAGUGCUUCAUCAUCAUUUGAGUUUGGCAAGGAGCUCAUUAAGCACAAUCUGGUGGUGUUCCGAGGAGGAGAAGGGGCAUUGCAGGUCCUGCCUCCUCUGGUUGAUGUUAUUCCUGAGGCAAGACUGAAUCUUGUGAUUUACUAUCUCCGGCAAGAUGAUGUGCAGGAGGCUUAUAACCUGAUUAAGGACUUGGAACCUACAGCUCCACAGGAGUACAUCCUCAAAGGAGUGGUAAAUGCAGCAGUUGGACAAGAAAUGGGCUUGAGAGAUCAUCUGAAAAUUGCUCAGCAGUUCUUCCAGUUGGUGGGUGAAUCAGCCAGCGAAUGUGAUACCAUUCCAGGAAGACAGUGCAUGUCCUCCUACUUCUUUCUUCUUAGACAGUUUGGUAAUGUCCUGAUUUACCUCAACUCAGUCAAGAGUUACUUCUACAAUGAUGACACUUUUAACUUCAACUACGCCCAAGCCAAAGCUGCCACAGGAUGUUUUAGUGAGGCUGAAGAGGUGUUCCUUUUGAUCCAGAGUGAGAAGAUAAAGCGUGAUUUUGUUUACCUUAGCUGGCUAGCUCGCUGCUAUAUUGUGAAUAAGAAACCCCAGUUGGCCUGGAAGCUCUAUCUGAAGAUGGAGACCUCAGGAGAUUCCUUUAGCCUAUUGCAGCUCAUUGCAAAUGAUUGCUACAAAUUGCGUCAGUUUUACUAUUCAGCCAAAGCAUUUGAUGUCCUGGAGAGACUGGACAGCAAUCCUGAAUACUGGGAAGGCAAGAGAGGUGCUUGCGUGGGUGUCUUUCAAAUGAUCUUAGCUGGCCAAGAAGCAAAAGAGACUCUACGGGAAGUACUGCAUCUUCUGAAGAGCACUGGCAAUUCUCAAGUAGAAUACAUUGUCCGCAUCAUGAAAAAGUGGGCCAAGGAGAACAGAGUCCCUGUUUAAGUCAGCGCCGCAGAAUGAACUGGGUCAGUUACUAUUGUGUGUGUGGCUUCAAGACGUGGGUCCUGGUUUCUCCUGUGCAUUCUGGGUAUCUCCUUCCUUGCAGAACUUCAGACGAUCAAGCAGAUUGACCCAGCUGAGCAACAGCAAAGUGGCGUGAGAUUACAAACCAUCCAGCAAGUUUGGGUUUGGGUUUUUUUUUUGGUUGGUUGGUUGGUAGUAUGUUUCUU